CUCCUUAAUCGUGGAAACACGCGUCGGUCAUCUAUACGAGAGACGGCUCUUUUCUCCCAAAUCAAAGCAAUUAAACAAAUUCUUUCGAUUCCUGAUUGGUCCACGUGUCCCUAAUCCGUCCAAAACCACUACCGGUUUCUACGGCGAAGCGAGCGGUUUUGUUUUCUCUCCUCAAACUUUCCAUAUAUAGAUGGCUUUUUUUGCUGCUGAUGAUGGUCAAGACCAAAACGACAUCUCUGAAACCUCGUUUGUCUCCUUUCUCACCGUUUCUCACUUCCUCUCCUAAUUAAUUGUUUGAUUACUCGCUGAGCUAAAGCUAUGGGGAGAGGGAAAAUAGUGAUAAGGAGGAUCGAUAACUCGACGAGCAGACAAGUGACUUUUUCGAAACGAAGGAACGGAUUGUUGAAGAAAGCUAAGGAGCUUGCGAUCUUGUGCGAUGCUGAAGUUGGAGUAAUAAUCUUCUCCAGUACCGGAAAGCUCUACGAAUUUACUAGCACCAGCAUGAGAUCAGUAAUUGAACGAUACAGCAAAACUAAGGUGGAACAUCAACUGGGGAACCCAACCUCUCAAGUCAAGCUCUGGCAAAGAGAGGUAGCAAUUCUAAGACAACAACUGCAAAACCUGCAAGAAAAUCAUAGGCAAAUGAUGGGUGAAGAACUUUCUGGAUUGAGCGUAAAAGAUUUACAGAAUUUGGAGAGUCAAUUGGAAAUGAGUCUUCGCAGUGUCCGUAUGAAGAAGGUUUGAUGUUCUUAUUUCCAUGUCAUGCUCUGUUUUUUUAGUUCAAAAUAGCAUGCAAAAUGAAGCAACCCCAUUUUAGUAACAUUUUCUCUUUUGCUGUAGGACCAAAUUUUAAUGGAUGAAAUUCAAGAAGUGAACAGAAAGGUAAACCCUGAAAGAAAUAGAUUCAGCUCCUUACUAUCAUACUGUCUCAGCUCAAGUGGUUAAAUUGCUUUGUCUCAUUGCAGGGGAACCUCGUUUAUCAAGAAAAUCUGGAACUCUAUAAGAAGGUAAACCUAAUUCGUCAAGAAAACAUGGAAUUAUAUAAGAAGGUAUAAAUUUGAAUGGCUCAUGAAAAUCUCAAUUAUCAUAUUCAACCAUUAAACCUUU